AUGGGAUUAAUAUACCUUGUGUACAUGUCUCGAUAUGCUAUUGUUAAAUAUGAUGGGUGCACUUCUGUUCAUGACUCUGACUGGCUUAACUAUUUUUUGAUGUCUUUCUUCUCAUUAGGGUGGUCAUUAGCAACCGUUGUUGUCUCCAUAUUGACCUUGUACGAGUAUUAUAAAAGAAGAUUUGACGCCAAUGAUCUUGUUCGAUCUUCCAAUUCUGGUACAUCGAUGAGCAGAAUCUGGAGAACUUUGGCACUCUGUUUGAUUUGUUGUAUCGCACAAAUUCCAAUGACUGUUGUUUACAUUAUUACCAAUAAUUAUGAAGCCUCGCCUGAUUAUGACUUCAGGGAAAUUCACUCAUCUCGUUGGUGGGAUACUAUUAUAUAUUAUAAUCACUCGCAACCAUACUAUACCAGAUGGAUCUAUGUUGCUGCAAGCUUCUUAGCUAGUAUCCUUCUUGGUGUUGGUGAAAAUAUCAAGCUAUUUUAUAUUAGCAUUCUUAGAAGGCUCGGUUUUGAUGGGGUUAUCAAUAUAUAUACUCAGCACCAGGAAAAAAAGGUUAUUAGGAGCUUGGAAGCUGAUGACAAUGAAGUAUUUUGCAAUUCCAAUGGAGCUCAGAAUCCAAAUGAGCUCAUUUUUACAAGGGGAAAUUUGUUUGAUUAUGACGAAGAGAAAAAUAUUUGUGAAUCUUUCGAUGAAAAUCUUGGCAGAAGUUCAGCAAGUGGUAUUGAAACGGGUAAAAACAUUAGAAAAAAUAGCAUCUCCACUGAUGUUUCUGAAUUUUCCUCAAUAAGUUCAAUUUCUGAUAAAGCCCAAGCGAAACGCAGUGAGCAUGCAGGUCUUUGA